AUGCCAGCCCUCACUCUCCACCUCCUCGCCAUAGCCCCACCAACAACACCGGAAUCCUUCGUCGCGCAGCUCUCCAAGUCACCAGAAGCAAGGAUAAUAGUCGCAUCCCGACCUCGACACACAGUAGUCCACCCAACCAUUCUGGACAAACACCCUCUAACAAACACAAAAUGGGACCUUCUACUUCUACUGCAACCAACAAACCCAGCAACUCCAUCAACAAACCCAAUCCCAGCAUCCCUCCAAGACGCAAUCAAAUCUGAAUACAAAUUAACAGCCGGAAUCCCCUCCAAACUCCUGUCAACCUACCCAGAAAAGGACAAAACCCUUAAAUCGACUCCUCAGCCACCCCUCACAGGCUCCCUCUCCAAGGCCCUGUCCAAAGAAUCAAAAUCCACCUCACAGAAUCUAGAACUAUCACCAGACCUCAUAGCAUUCAUGGACGAACUAUGCAAAACACACACCGGCCCAGUGACAAUGUUAAACCUCCUUCAUUUCAACCACCCCCACGGGAAGAAAAGUUACUUCAACUACGGACAGGCGUUCAUCCCCGUUGCUGGCAAGAGGGGCGGCGAUGCGAAGUUAGUUGGGAAUGUUGUCAGGCCCGCGGAUGGAGCGCGGGAUUCCAGAGGUGAGAAUGGGAGGCCGGCGGAGGAGUGGUGGAACGAGAUCUCUAUCGUGCAUUAUCCUUCUAUUCGACACUUCUGUGAUAUGCUUGCUGGGGAGGAUUAUCAGGGCAUUAAUGAGGAGCAUCGGUUGUCGGCUCUUCGAGAUACUUUCUUGCUUUGUACUACAGAGUUCGAUGUUGAGAGUCUUGCAAGCUCGAAGCUUUGA